AGCUGUCAAAAUUUGCUGUCGACGAACAACCCCCAAAAUCGUGGGCAAUUCGAAUUAACAUCAACAAAUCAUUAGUGAAUACAAGUUAAACGGUACCAAUACCUCGUAUACAAUCAACGCGGCAACUAAGACGACCCUGUCCCCUCGAAUCUGGUGGUGGGGAGAAGCGUCACAAUUCAAGGUUACGUAUUCCGAAAAAAAUAAACUCGAAAAAUGUUCGUCGACAGCAGGAAAAAUCAAGCCGAGACACACUGAAACAGCCCCUUUAAACGGUCGUAAUAGUCACGCGUCUGUCAGUUCGAGGAUCAGCACACAACAGUCCUGGUGAAUAUUUAUAACCUCGCAGAUGUUAAGUUCACGAACGACGGUGCGCUAAUUUAGUUACGAAUUCGUUGCAUCGUUUUGCAGCUUGUUGGUAAACAUGAAGUGGAUAACGCAUUUGGAGGGCGGCCCCAAACGCGUCAACCACGCCGCCGUCGCCGUCAACCACAAGAUCUACACAUUUGGGGGCUAUUGCACUGGACAGAACUCAAGAAAAUACAAGUCAAUGGAUGUGCACGUUCUCAACACCACUACAUUCAGAUGGACGAGACAUCCUGUCAGCAAUCUGCCCUACUUCGAAAACGAUGACAUUCUCCCCUUUAAACGAUAUGGUCACACGGCUGUUGUAUAUGGCAACAAAGUGUAUAUAUGGGGCGGUCGCAACGACAAGGCGUCUUGUUCAGUGCUCUUCUGUUUUGAUACAGAGUGGCAUUGCUGGACAGCACCCAAGACUACAGGCACAAUACCUAUGGGAAGAGAUGGGCAUUCAGCCUGUGUGUGGAAGAAUUACAUGAUUGUAUUUGGAGGAUAUGAAGAUGAAUCUGCUACUUUUGCCAAGACCAUGUACUAUUUGGAUUUAGAUAAGAUGCACUGGAGUUACGUGCCACCAAAGGGCGUCCAUCCCAUCGUAAGAGAUUUCCAUACGGCAGUGUGCAUCAACGACAGGAUGUACCUAUUCGGCGGGCGGGGCACUGUCUACGCCCCAAACAUGCCCGAGGAGGAGGUCUACUCAAACGAGCUCUGGUACCUCGAUCUGAAUCACUUUGAGUGGCAUUUGGUCUGUGCAAAUGGAGACAUACCGAUAGGCAGGAGGAGUCAUUCGGCCUUUGUGUAUAAUGAAAAGAUGUACAUAUUCGGUGGAUACAACUCGUUACUGGAGCAACACUUCAACGACCUGAACGAGUUCGAUCCACGUACUAACACCUGGAGACGACUGGACAUCUCGGGCACGCCGCCAUGCGAGAGGCGAAGACAGGCCUGCAUUCCCGUUGGUGAACAAGUCUUCGUGUUUGGGGGAACGAGUCCGAACCCGAAGAGGACGGAGCCCGACGAACCAGGGAUGAUUGAUUUAGACGAGAAACUCGUAGACCACAGUGACAUGUACGUUCUGGACUUCAAACCCACCCUUAAGACACUAAGUAUGAUCGCUGUGAAGUCUAGCAAUCAGGAGAAACGUGUUUUACUUCACACAUUGCGUGAUGAGCUCUUUAACAUGUUCUCCCCGAAUAAUAUAACAGUGAAACGGCCGAAGCCCAACAAUUCAGCCGGAUAGAGGCACUCCGUUCAAUUCCCGUUAUUUAUUAUUAAAAUUCGAUAAACAGGUGCGCCGUUUAAAAGCGUAGUUAAAUAUUUAUUGUACCUGUAGUUUUGUAUACAUUACAUCUAAUUUGUAUAUACUCGCGGGCCUAUUUUACAAAUGUUUUUCACUGUUUUGAUGGAUUUUUGUUUAAUGAUGAAUGAGUCAAUUGUGUUGUGUUAUUGUGGAGUAAGCGAAUUUCAUUGACAAUCAAGUUAUAAAUAUAUUACGAUCUUAAUUUACAUUUUUCAUUGACAUGUGAUUAUUUGUUUUAUUAUAUGUAUGUUUUAUUGAUUGGUUCUUCGCCAAGAAAACAACGUUUUAACAGUGAAAAUAUGGUUGGUUUCUUACAUCAAAUAAGAUUUUAACCAUCUGCGGACUGAUAUUAAUAUUAUUAAUCAGGAGAAAAUUUUAAUUUUUAUUUAUUAUGAGAAAAGACAAUUAUGAUUUAUUUUGGAUAUUUAAUAUUGUUUGUGUUUUUAUCCAUGAAUUGAAAUCUGUUACAGACUCAUAUUGCAUAACUAUCCUUAGGAACGUGUUGAGUUAUUUUAAAAAGAACAAUAGAUUGUAAAACUUAACCAAUACUAUUAUUUGUCAACACAGUACAAUGUUUUCAUAAAUAAUAUUGCAUAUUUUGGUCAAUUUGUGUGAAUAUUAUCUUAGUAAAUUAUUUUCGGCAUUAAUUUUUCUUGACCUACAAAGAAUCUUGACUCAUCAUUAAAUGAAUAUCUAAAUUUUGUGGAUCUCUACUAGCUUUGUAAUUAUUUUAUUUGAUCAUGAUGUAAUUUAAAUAUUUUUGUAAAUAGCUGUAAUAUUUGCUUUUAGAAAAAUGACGUAACACUCGGAAUUCAGUUGCUUUUAAAUUAGGUGGAUAUGCAUAAUAUUAGUCAUUUAAUGUGAUUUAGUUAUACAGAAGUGGAAAGUGUAACUCUUGAUACUCUCUAUUAUUAAUUACCUUUUUUACACAAAAAGACGUUAUACUUUAUCCAAACUUUGUAUUUAGAAAGAGAUUAUUUAACAAUAUUUAUUUUCUUAGGACGUUAACGUAUUUGAAUUACAUUUUAAUAAAGUCUUUAUAUAG